UAAUUGGAACACUUCGGUAUUUUACAUACAAUAAUCGCAGAUAGAUUAAAAUGGCAGCUGCUCUGGUGAAUAUCACAAGAUUAAUUGUUUCUCUUGCGUUAUGUUUCGCACCGAUUAACGUUUCUGCUGCGUCUAUCCAGGAUUGCGGACAGUUCGAUUUCCGUUUUCCCAGAGAAGGACAUGCUGGUAAAUUAUACAGAGAAUUCUGCAGCAAUGUAUGUGGUCCGAAAAAUCCAAAUCAUGAGAAACUGUGUUGGAACGACAAAGAUGUACUAAAACAUUGUGAGGACUACGUGAACUGUAUAAACACUACACUCAUUCCACCAGUACCCGCAAUCGCAGAGAAAAACGACUUUCAAAGUUACGCGAUACCAGCUGUAAUUGGUGUUGCGAUUGCACUAGGCAUCGUUGGUGCUCUUCUAGUUGCGGGUUACAAAGUUGGGAUCCUGAAACAGCGAGGUAAAAGACGCCAGCGUGAGCAAUGCGCAAAUCACAAUCACCCAGAGGACAUUCCAUUUGUGGAGAACGAGUUGAAUGUAUAUGUGACAACCGUCCCUCAACAAGAGCGCAAUAAGGGUCCAAACAAUACGGAUAAGCUUUGUGUAAAUUUGAAGAGAGUAGAGACUUUAGUAUGAACGAACGGAGGAACAGGGCUCUUCCCGUCUCAUAAUUGAAGCGCAGUGAUUUCCUGACAUGACAACGAAGAAAUUCGGUCAGAAUCGUCCACUGAUCAUGACUGUUCAUAUGAUUCGACAUG